AUGGGCCCCUGUACCGCCUCCUCAUGCUGCUGCCAGGCCCGUAAUCUGUCAUGGGCCCCUGUACCGCCUCCUCAUGCUGCUGCCAGGCCCAUAAUCUGCCAUGGGCCCCCGUACCGCCUCCUCAUGCUGCUGCCAGGUCCAGAGUGUCUCAUGGGUCCCUGUACGGCCUCCCAUUGCUGCUGUCUCCAUCGCCACACUCUGCCAUGUGCCACUUUCAGGUCUCCUCACACUGCUGGUGUGGGUUCCAUUUUGUCAUAGGGUGCUGGCAGAUUACGGGCCUCCCAUUGCUGCUGCCAGGCCCGUAAUCUGCCAUGGGCCCCCGUACCGACUCCUCAUGCUGCUGCCAGGCCCGUAAUCUGUCAUGGGCCCCUGUACCGCCUCCUCAUGCUGCUGCCAG